GCAAAAACGAAGUGUUUCGUUUAAUUUAACGCUGACGUGUCAAUUUACAUAUUUGAGAUAACAAGUCCGGGCUAUUGGGGACUAAUGAACCCGCAAUGGAAUAUGUGUUCAAAAGGACGAAGGCAGUCGCCAAUCAACGUAGAACCUGACAAAUUACUUUUUGACCCCUUUUUGAGACAAAUACAUUUGGAUAAACACAAGGUAAGCGGGAUGCUGCACAAUACAGGACAGUCGCUUGUGUUCAGGGUAGAUAAAGACACUAAAAACCAUGUAAAUAUAUCCGGAGGUCCUCUAGCCUAUCGUUACCAAUUUGAAGAGAUUUAUAUCCACUAUGGGACCGAAAACCAGCAAGGUUCCGAGCAUCACAUCCAUGGAUAUUCUUUCCCAGGAGAGAUUCAACUUUAUGGUUUUAAUAAAGACUUAUAUCACAAUAUGUCCGAAGCGCAGCAUAAAACGCAAGGAAUUGUGGGCAUUUCGCUUAUGGUACAGAUUGGAGACACUCCCAAUCCCGAGUUGCGGCUCAUCACCAGCAGUUUUGAUAAAGUCAAAUUUAAGGGAUCGCAAUUUGGAACAGUUUGCGGGCUUUGUAGAAAUUUAGAUCUGCGAAUGUAA